GCUCCGUGCUUCACGAGCGACCCUCCGCAAACAUGGCGGACUACAAGGAGGCACCUUUAGCGACUCGGCCCAAAACCCUCGACCCUGCGGAAUACUUUAAUGUUUCUCCCGAACAUCGUCGUGCGGAGGAGGCGAGAGGAGCGCUCAGAGCUCAGCUGAAGAGACAGUACCAGCUGCAGCUGAAUAAUCCUCUGCGGAAAGAGCUGAUUGAGGACCCGGCCCUCACGAGGUGGACGUACGCUCGUACUGAGAUGUACAAUCACUUCAGACCAACACCCAAAUCCUCCCUGAUCACCGGUUUGAUCGGAGUUGCCCCACUCUUCAUCUUGUAUUACGUCUUAAAGACUGACCGCGACAAGAGAGAGCAGAAGAUUAAAGACGGGACGUACAAACGCCCUUACAGACUCUCGUACUGAUUUCUGACUUGGAUUUCAGGUUCAGUCAUCGUCUCGAAUUGUACAUGUAACUAUAAAUAAAGUUUAUUCAUGAAAGAAAAAA